AUGGCAAUCCCUCAGUCAAUCCCUCAAUCAUACAAAGCCUUCCGGCGCAGCACGGGUAACUCGCCAACAACUCUUGAGUCGGUCAUUGAAGAGGCCCCAUCUCUCAAGCCCAAUGACGUGCUGAUCCGCGUCCAUGCCGUGUCACUGAAUUAUAGAGACGGCCUCAAUGGCACAGAGGAGGAGUCGUUGCUUUUACGCGGGAAUGUGGAUGGCGUAUUAAGGGAAUAUGCAGUGUUUGAUCAGAAUGUGUUGUUUCACCUUCCCAAGCAUCUUUCGUGGGAGGAGGCCGCUUGCAUCACCUGCGCUGGGACAACAGCAUGGAAUGCAAUUGGCAUGCCUCAGGCAAAGCGUACUGCUUUGCUCCAAGGUACUGGAGGAGUAAGCAUGUUUGGCCUAAUGAUCUGCCUUAACGCUGGCAUCCGCCCCAUAAUUACCUCCUCGUGGGACCGGAAGCUUGAUCUUGCCAAGGCCGUGGGAGGGCCCGACUCCAUUGAGACUAUCAACCACCGCACCCACCCAAAAUGGGAGGAGGAGGUACAUAGACCCACUAAUGGACGAGGGGCAGAUGUUGUCAUCAACAAUGUAGGCCCUACUGCAAUUGCACAAAGUCUUGCUUCGCUCGCGCAGAGAGGGACUGUUUCCCUUGUCGGAUUCUUGGGAGGAUAUCAUAUGGAUCGCUUCCCUGAUACAGUGAUGCCUCUAUUAGUGAAGAAUUCCACCAUGCGGGGAAUACUCGUUGGCACAAAGAUUGAUCACCAAAAUUUGUGCGGAUUUUUGACUGAGAAGAAAGUCAACUUAAAGCCAAUUCUAGACGAUGUGGUCUUUUCAUUUGAGGACUCGCAAGCUGCUUUCAAUUACCUUUAUUCUGGCAAGCAUAUUGGUAAGGUUGUGAUCAAGCUGUAGAGGCUUUUAGGCUCUCGCUGCAGGCGUGGAGAUAGUCUGAGACGAAGUUAGGAGGAUCAACACUAAGAUUCUACAUUGGUUGACCAUAGUUGCACGGAUGAGGAGAUUUUGGCUUAUUUUACUGAUCGGUUAUACUUUUUUGUCUCAUUUUGAAUAGCUCUCUAUAAACUUUGCGUUAAUUAUCAUUACAAGCA